CCAGAACCUACAGUCACAACUUAGGCUCGUCGCUAACGCGAUCACAAACGAUCAAGCCACUUUGAUGGUUUUUUUUCUCGGUAUUUUCUUCGAACAAGUUUAUACAUUUUUAAAAGACGAAAUAAAGCACGAAAUCCUGUUAAUGUGUACCUACUACGUAUCGAAAUCUUUUAUUAUUGAUUAUUAACAAGUUUUAUUAUUUCUUCUGAAUAACCGUGUUUUUUUAAAGAUCUUCGAAUUAAUGUUCUCAUUCAGUUUGAUUUAAAAAGCUCCAGACAAUUUCAAUUUUCAAACAAACUGACACGGUAAACGUGAAGAUAUUCAAUUGCAGUUAGUGCAGUUAUUUGAAUGUGCAUUCGAGAGACCUAAACAACAAUUAAUCAGUGAAUUUAUAAGAAAAAAGAAACAUUUUAUGAACGAAUAUUCCUUUUGAUAAAAGACAUUCAGAAAUAUAGGAAAACUUUCACGCGCGUCAGAGGAGAAUUUAAAAAUUAAGAAAAUUGAAAUUGUUCAUCGAUUGCAUUGAAUUGGCAGCACCACCACCACCACCACCAUCACCAAUACCACCGCUGAGUAGAUCGUGCUCGCGCGGGUGACGCAUUCGGAUAGUGAGAGGGAAUGAGACAUAUCGUUGAUGUGUAUCGGAUGUAGACAUUGAAAUUUGGUUUGUGUGGGCACGAAUAAUACAUAUAAAAAAUAAUUUCGGUGAAUUUGUGAUGCACGUCAUUGGAAACAUCGGCUAUGAUUCAGUCAUUCGAAAUCUGAAAAAAAUUGCUUCGAAUUGAAAUCGGUGAUGCAGCGACAAAAUCAUAUGCAGGAAGAAAAGAAGCAAGCAAUAAAGACGACAUCAAUUCGGCAAUAAAUGAAUAUAAAACGAAAAAAAACUGUCGAAAAACAAAAACAUUCAAUGAACAGUAAUAUUUGCGAGGUGUGUGAGCGUGUGUCGUGUGCGCGGCCACAGUAAAUUCGAACGAUUAAGAAUCUUGGAAAGUGAGACAAUACCUUGACGAUGAUUGCCAUUGAAAAAUAAACAGAACCAAUUAAAGACAAUCUACGACAACGGAAUAAGAAGAGAAAAGAUAAAACACAUUAAAGAAACGAAAUUCAUAGUGUCAAAAAGUUCAGUUGACGAGUGAUGGUGUUGAAAAUGAAGUUAACGGUUUUCAACGUGUUGGUCGUGUCUUACAUACUGAUUUGUUCAUUGUGCUUUUAUCGUGUCAAUGGUAAUGAUGAAUACGAUCAUCCGACAUCAUUCUUAGAUGGUGAUUCGAUGAGAUCGAUGUAUAGAUCGUUUCGUGAUUUUGCCAUGCGCAUUAUUGGACAAACGGGACGACGUACCAGAGGCGCAUUUCUACAAGAUACUGACACCAAAUUUCCGUGCAAUAAAACCGGCAUGCGCAGUUCAACCAUACCAACCAGUGUACAUCAACUAAGACCAGGUGACAUUGAUGUGAUCGCUGCUUUGGGUGAUUCAUUGACAGCUGCAUCUGGUGCGUCAUCGGUACGUGUGACGGAUUUGGUGAUUGAAAAUCGUGGUCUGUCUUGGUCAAUAGGCGGCCAAUGGUCGUUUAAAAAUUCCUCAACGUUGCCAAAUAUUUUGAAAGAAUACAAUCCAAAUCUGUUGGGAUAUUCAAAGCACGAUGCAUGGACGUAUCAUUUUGAUAGUCAAUUGAACUUAGCCGAAAUUGGUGCGUCAUCAGCUGAUAUGCCAUACAUGGCAAAGAUGCUUGUACAACGUAUCAAGAUGGAUAAGCGCAUUAAUUUCAACAAAUCAUGGAAAAUGGUAACAAUUACAAUUGGUGGCAACGAUAUUUGCUCGUUUGUCUGCACAAUGGACGAACCGCAAAGUUUGCCACGAAAACACAAACAACGGCUGGUAAAAACGUUACGCUAUAUACGCGACAACUUACCAAGAACAUAUGUGAAUAUUGUGCCAACACCGUUUGUACGAAGCGUUGUCAUGGUUGAAAAUAAACCAUUCCAUUGUCAAAUGUUGCAUCAUGGUGAGUGCAGUUGUUGGAUCGGCCAUUUAUACAAUCAAAAUAAAGAGAAACAAGAGCUGUAUCAUCGCAUUCAGAGCGAAAUGCAUGACGUGGAAUCCAAUGUAGCCCAGAUGAAAGAGUUUCGUAAUCUUAAGGAAUUUGCUGUGGUCUUUCAACCAUUCACCGUUGGUUUGAGUUUUGAAACGGAUGACAAACCAUUCGAUAGCUCAUUGUUGGCAUUCGAUUGCUUUCACAUGAGCCAAAAGGGUCACGGAUGGGCUGGAGUUGCACUUUGGAAUAAUCUGCUGGAAAGACCAGGGAAUAAAUCAAGAAAUUGGAUAUCGCCAAAAAAACGAUUUAUAUGCCCAACGGAAAAGUAUCCGUAUUUCUAUACAAAUGACAAUUAUUCAGAGGAGCAAACGUUCAAAAAUUCAGUUGUUGGCAAUAGCAAAAGCUGAUACAGCAUCCAAUAAGCACCAACAGAGUGAUAUCUCGAGGUGUAAAAUCCUUGUAUAUAAUAUAUAUAUAUAGGCACCAUUACGCUUUGGCUGGUUCAUUUCAAUACUGAAUUUAACUACUGGCAUUUUUUUUUUUAAUUCUACUAUUUUAAUUGUAUAAAAAAUAAGAUUUGGUCAUGUCUAUCGUAUUUGUGUGUUUGAGUGUGAUUAUUUUUGUUUGUUUAAUUUUAUUGCAUUUUAUUUUUAUUUAUUAUAACUGAUUUAAGUUGCGCAACCAUAAGUUGUUGCUGCUGUUGAGAAUGUAAUGUUUCAAAUGGAGACAAAUGAUGAGAUUUUGUUAUGGUAGUUUUAUUGUGUCAUAUGCAUGUGAAUAGAUGCAUAUCUAUUCGAUGAAAGACAUCGUAAUGCAUAGACAGAGCUGACGAAGGUCAUGCAUUAUUAUUCACCAAUCUGCGAGAUUCAAGCAGAUCGCAUUUAUAAGAGACACUUUUUUUUAAACAAGUAUAUAUUUGCCGUCGAAAAAAACUGGGCGUGUUCUGCGGCGCAUUUAUUUAAAAUUAAUUGUAAACUAGAUUCAAAUAUAUGUGAUUAAACACAGAUUGAGAUAAAUCUGUAGUCUAAGAAAAGUUUAUAACAAAUCAUUUGUUUUUUGGUUUGGGUUAUAUGUUGGGAAAUUUGAACAUAGUUGAAGAGUUAAAUCGAUCAGCCACAAAAUUCAAUCAAUCAACGAGCAAAUUUUAUGCGAUUUUAAAUUGAGAUUCUUGUUUGGGCAUACGUUUUUCUUUUCCCAACCUAGCUAUUAUUAUUUAAAAGUUAUCGAUCGAAUAUUUCUGUUUUUCAAAACGCGGGUAUUAGUUCAUAGAAUGUAUAAGUUAUGGUCUUAAUGGAAGUGCCUUAUUUUAGCUCAUAAAUUAAA